UUUCUACAUCACGCUAGUGGCAAGAAUACAGUCAACAAAAGAUUGUGGUCCCUCAACUUCUGGCAUGGACAGCUGAGGAAUAUAAUGUCCAAUGGUGACACAGGGUGAUAAUUUCCUGUUUUUCACUAUUUAUCUCUGUGGUUUUGGACUUAACAAUGGAUAUUCUUUGUGAUGAGGAGAGCUCUGUGAACCCAACAGCAAACUCCUUCAUACAAAUAAAUCAGGAGAGAAGACUCUACAGAAAUGUUUAUGGAGCUGGAGAGAUUAAUAUAUCGCAUCUCAUUAACUUGACUGUGGACUCUGAAAAUCUAACCAAUCUUUCAUGUGAAAGUAACACGAGUCCACCGUGCUACUCUUCCCUGAUUCAGCUUUCACAGAAAAACUGGCCAGCUUUGCUGACAGUAAUAGUGAUUGUUUUAACCAUUGCUGGAAAUAUUCUUGUCAUCAUGGCUGUUUCACUGGAGAAAAAACUACAGAAUGCCACUAACUAUUUUCUAAUGUCACUUGCAAUAGCUGAUAUGCUGCUGGGUUUCCUUGUCAUGCCUGUGUCAAUGUUAACCAUUCUGUACGGAUACACAUGGCCUCUACCUACAAAGCUCUGUGCCAUUUGGAUCUACUUGGAUGUGCUUUUCUCCACUGCCUCCAUCAUGCAUCUCUGUGCCAUCUCACUGGAUCGCUAUAUUGCCAUUCGAAACCCCAUCCACCACAGCCGGUUUAACUCAAGAACUAAGGCUUUUGCCAAAAUAAUUGCUGUUUGGACCAUAUCAGUUGGUAUCUCCAUGCCUAUACCCGUCUUUGGACUACAAGAUAAAUCUAAAGUGUUUAAGAAUUGCAGCUGCUUACUUGCAGAUGAGAAUUUUGUUCUAGUAGGUUCUUUCGUGGCGUUCUUCAUCCCUCUGACCAUCAUGGUAGUCACUUACUUUUUAACCAUCAAGUCGCUGCAGAAGGAAGCUAUGCUAUGUGUGGAUGACAUUGGCCCAAAGACCAAGUUUGCUUCAUUUAGCUUCCUCCCUCAGAGUUCCCUGUCCUCAGAAAAACUCUUUCAGCGCUCCUUGAACAGAGACAUGGGGACUUCUGGGAGAAGAACCAUGCAAUCCAUCAGCAAUGAGCAGAAGGCUUCCAAGGUUCUUGGCAUUGUCUUCUUUCUGUUUGUUGUGAUGUGGUGUCCAUUUUUCAUCACCAAUGUGAUGGCUGUAAUUUGCAAGGAGUCAUGCAAUGAAAAAGUCAUUGGAGGACUCCUUAACAUAUUUGUUUGGAUUGGUUACCUUUCUUCAGCUGUCAACCCACUCGUAUAUACACUGUUCAAUAAAACCUACCGCUCAGCUUUCUCUCGUUACAUUCAGUGUCGCUACAAGGAGGAGAAGAAACCUUUCCAGCUGAUUUUAGUGAACACUAUCCCAGCACUUGCAUAUGAUUCCAGCCAGCUCCAGCUAGCACAAAUGAAGAGUUUGAAAAAGGAGGCAAAAAUGAUGGCUAAGGAUUACUCAAUGGUCACAAUAGGAAUACAUCAUUUGGAUGGUACCUCUAAGGGAAGUAUCAGCCCAGGGAACGAAAAGGUUAGUGGUGUGUGAUGGCUGGCAGCUGCCAUGACAACCACCGUGCGUUUGCUGAAAAUUUCACCUGGCUGGGAGAAGCUCUGAUAGCUUAGGAAAAUCAGCCCUGUUCAAGAGACUUUCCAAUAACAUCAUAUACUCCUCAUAUUACCCUGUGGAUGAAAAACAGGGUUUUAAUGGUAUCAAAUGUGCAAUUUUUUUUCAUACAGUACUUUGGCUGUUUUAAGCACAGGCUUUAUUAAACUUAUUUUUUUAAUAUUCUAAAGGAUAUAUUUCUUAAAGAAAAAAUGCAAUUUCUGGUACUAUAAUAUGGGCUGUGAAGAAACUUACGCCUUUCUUUUCUCUUUGCAAAUGAAAGCUAAGCUGUCCUUUGAUGUUCUUGCAGAAUAGGCUCCAGCUAGUUUGUCUUGCUACAGUCGAGUUUUGUUAUCAUUAACUGAAUGAGCACUUUACCAAAUUUUGAAUAAAAUUAUGGUUAAUUUGCUAAUAUAUGUUUAAAAUAAAUUUUAAACUAUUAAAGAAAACCUAUUAAAACUGCUAUAGAUUAAUUAUAUGGGCAUUUUUUAAACUGUUUAAUGGUUAUUUUUUCCUUCUGAGUAACCAUUCUGAAAUGUCACUGGGCUUUUCUGCUGUUUGUUCUGUAUUUCAAGUUAGGAAUCUUCAGAGAGAAAUUAUACUUAAAUGAUCCUUUGUUUCUACCACCAUUUGUAAUCUUUAUUUUAUGUAUUGUAAUUUAUUUCUGUUCAAAAAUUUCAUGUGUUCGUGUUUCAUGUGUUCAGCUUAAAACUUGAAAGUAAUAUUUUCAAAAGUAAUUAUUUGGAUUGAUUCCCUGCUCCUUCCCACUGGUGUUGUCAGGGAAUUAAAGUGAGAGAAGACUGGAAAACCAGGCACAACAUUGCUAAAUAAUUUCAGGAACUGUUCCAGGUCCACGCUUCUGUUCAAUUCUAACAAAGGCUGAUUUAAGUUAUGUCAGAGGAAGUUUUGCAUGAGUAAAGCUUUCAGUAAAAGGUUGCAGCAGAUCAUCUCUCAUUGUUUUUGGUUUAAAAAGGCCAUUUUGAAGAAUGUCCUCCUGGUUUUGUUUUAGGAUUUGUAGGGCCAGAAUUAUUAGAAAACUUGUAGUUGCUAAAAAUUGUUUUCCCUAGUUUUGCUGUAUUGCUGUUAAGGCAGAUUGCUCAGGAAUGGUCAGUAACUUGCACUACUAGGACUCAGCCUUAAUGAAAUAUUUAUGGGCAAAUGGGGCUCUCUUGAAAUAUAACAGGACUUUUAAGUGGCACUGUAUUCCACCUGCAUAGUUCCAAGGGCAGAAUACAUUCCAUAAAGAACACUGUUUGACAGACACGCCUAGUCAAGAAACUUCUUUCUUUUGGGCUUCACAGCCAAUGUCACUGAAGCCAGUGGGACUUUGCUGCAGAGAAGAAAUAUAAAUGUUGCAUUCACUGACAAAACUUAAAUCCAAGCAUUUCAUUCAUUCCAUAAAUUUUGCAGCCAUAAUCUCAUUAGAACCAGGAUGUAUUCCAGUUUCUCUGGAAAAAACACUGCCCAUCCAGAAACCAAACUCCAAUACCUUUAUCAGUCCUUCCCUUGAAGUUUUCAGUUUUCACAGAACAAUUAAAUUUCCACUAAGUCAAAGAAAGAGAAGGACAGAGAGAAACUGAAUCUGAUUGUAGCCUACUAGCUGGGAGUCUUUGGGAGAAGUUUUUAGCUUAAGAUACUGAUCUGUGGGAGACAAGGUCUUAAAAGCUGGCUGGGUAUUUGACCAAAUUCAAAGAAACCGAUUUUGUUGUUAUAUAUACAGUAUACCUAAAUCUGAUAGUUUUAUGAGCCCUUUCCUCCAAAGUGGGAUAGUCAGAGCCACCAUGCACUGGUCAUACAGGAGCUCUGCAUGCCUCUGGUGACACUGACUCAUUCCACAGGCCUCAGCCUCCAUCUCUGGGUCUAAGUGUCAUGCUGUAGCCCCGUUGCAGUGAUGCGUGUCAUCUAUCAGCUCGCGGUCAUUAAUGGCUUUCCCCUGGGAACAAGCACCUCAGGGAAUAAGUGGGAAGUAAUAAAACCAAAGGUUUUUUGUGAGUAGAGGUCUGAGGCUCAAGAUCUGCCACCAAAACAGAUUGCCUUCAUAUGAUGAUAGAGGAUUGAAGGCCUUUAAACUUGUGUGUGAGAGGAGAGGAAAUACAGGGGCUUUCACCAGUGGAGGGAAUUGCCACAUUUUGUGUCUGUCUAGAUGCAAGUUUCUCUGGCCUUGCAAGAGAAAGAAGUAGAUGGGACAGCCAGCUUUUGUGUCUUACUGCCCAUUUGUGCCAGGGAACAAAGCCUACCUGCAUACUGUAUGAUGCAUAUGGCCCUGCGCUUCUCCAGGGCUCAAUUCCUCCCAAGACUCCUGAGGCUCCAGUUGCUGGUCUGCACAGCCUCCUUCACCAGCUUGCACUUGGUAAACUGUUAUUGAACAUUUAACAAUCACAGCUUAUGCUCUCUGCUUACUGUCUGCAUUUCACCCGUGUGGCAGAGCAGAUCAGCUCACCAUUUCUCUUUCA